AAUAGUACUCGAUUUUGCAUCACUCUCUCCGCAAGUCUCAGCUCAGCUGUUGAAGCAAGUUAUAAAUAAACUCAAAGUACUAUACUGGUAUAUACUGGAAGAAAAGAAGAAAUGGAGGGGAAGAUAAAUGAUAUUCCGGCGACAGCUUAUGCUCGCCGCUGGAAUAGCGAAUCAGGCACUGCUGCCACCGACGGCUCAUCCUCUCCGGCGCGCCAUUCUCGCUCCACUUCCGUAACCGCCAUUUCCAACAUUAAGCGCAACCAGCACUAUGCUGCUAAAGCUGCUGCUCAGCGCCUCGCUCAGGUCAUGGCUUCUCAGGCGGCUGCUUCUCCGGAUAAUGACGACGACGACGAUGAUGACCACGACCAAGAAGACCUCCACUUCAGAUUUACAGCUCAUCCUCCAAGGUCUCUCCCCAAAACCCUCAACACUAGUGCCGUCACUAACACUAACGCCAAUACCAAUGCUAGCAAGGCCGCCCUCAAUCCUCCUCCUCCUGCUGCUGCUGUCCCUUCUACUAAGAUCAACAGAUCUUCCUCGACUGAGCUGACUCGAAACAUAGUGGAGGAAGGUUCUUCAAUUCGUUCAGCAUCAACUGGAAGGCCAUCCAUGUCAAUUCGGACCAUCCCAUCUGUGCCGCCUCCUAAACCAUCACUCAAGACUCCAAUGCCUAUACCACCGAUAGAUCCUCCUACAAGCAAACAAAGAGAGAAAAGGUUCUCACCAGAUCUAGGUCAGUUAAAUUUGAAGGAUGAAGGAGGUCAGCGUGAGGCUUCUGCACUUCAUGAUGAACUUGAUAUGCUAAAAGAAGAAAAUGAAAAUCUUCUUGAAAAGCUCAGAGUUGCAGAAGAGAGUUGUGAAGAAGCGGAAGCUAGAGUAAAGGAGCUUGAGAAACAGGUUGCUGCUCUUGGUGAAGGAGUUUCUUUGGAAGCUAAAUUGUUAAGCAGAAAGGAAGCUGGAUUACGCCGGAGAGAGGCUGCACUUAAAGAGGCAAAACAAGCAAAAGAUGGUACAGAUAUGGAAAUUUCAUCCUUGAGAUCUGCUGCUAAGAAUGCAAAAACUGAAGCCACAUCCGCUGCGGAUCAGCUUCAGGAAGCUGAAUCUGAAGUCAGAGCUCUCCACUCAAUGACUCAGAGAAUGGUUUUGACACAAAAUGAAAUGGAGGAAGUUGUCCUUAAAAGGUGUUGGCUUGCACGUUAUUGGGGUCUAGCUGCUAAGUAUGGUAUCUGUGCUGAUAUUGCAUUUGGGAAGUUUGAAUACUGGUCAUCAUUAGCACCUCUUCCUUUUGAAGUUGUCAUUUCAGCUGGACAGAAGGCUAAGGAGGAAAGCUGGGAGAGAGAUGAUUCCAAUCCGGAGAGAGGAAAGCUUGUUCAGGACUUCAAUGACCUGACAGGAGAAGGUUAUAUUGAGAGUAUGCUAUCUGUAGAAAUGGGGUUGAAGGAGCUUGCUUCAUUGAAGGUUGAGGAUGCCAUUAUUCUUGCAUUGGCCCAACAAAGGCGGCCAAAUUCUUCUAGGAUCUCUGUUUCAGAUAUCAAGUCACCAGGGGAUCCAAAGUUCACGGAAGCAUCUGAACUAAGUCCAGAGGAAUCUGAGGAUGUCCUCUUCAAGGAGGCAUGGCUUACUUGCUUCUGGAGAAGAGCAAAAUCCCACGGCAUAGAGGAGGAAAUAGCCAACAAACGAGUUCAAUUUUGGAUAAGCUGCAGUGUGCAUUCACCAACUUCUCAUGAUGCAGUUGAUGUGGAGCACGGCUUGAUGGAAUUGCGGAAAUUAGAUAUUGAGCAACGACUAUGGGAGGCAUCCCGCAAAGAGAUUGACCACAACCAGCUUUCUUCCCUUUCCAAUGGACGGAAAUCUCCGCUGCCAUCAAAGAUACCUGUUGGGUAGGCGGCAAACAUUUGCUUUCCUGAAGCACUAUGUGGUCUCAUCUCUUUAUCUCGCUGCCUUUCCGCUAGAUGUAAUAUAUAUAUACACAGAUUACUGGUCCGUCCAUCAUCAUGCAACGUUUUAUUGAUAUUGUUGCUUCCAAACAGGAAGCAGUUGGAACUAAGGCCCACAUGAAUUGAGAUCAAUCAGUCACUUUCUCAAUCGAGAGGCAGAUCCUGGGCCUGAAAAUUAGUGUGUGGGCCCCGAUUUCUCA